AUGGGAUUAUUUGUUAUUAGAAGCUGGAUUUUUAAGUAUAUUUUUACUCCUGUGUAUAAAAAUAAUUAAUAUCAUGUCGAUGAAUUAUCAAGUAUUAUUAAAGAUCUCUUAAAAUGGCUCACUUUUAGAUUAAAUUAUGCUAGCGGAAUACUUAAAUUAACUCAUUAAUGCUCUACUUCGUAAAAUUUAACUGCAUUAAAAUUUUAUAUUCAAAGUUAGCCACUUCCUAAUACUUUUUCUUGGUAUUUUUAUAAUUUACCUGAAUAUGUUUGGAAGUUUUUUGAAGCUUAAACUUUUAUUAAUUUAGUAUUUUUUUUUUGUUCUAUUUUAAUAUAUUUACCAUUAAAAAGUGUUCAAUUUUUUGGAUUUUUAAUGAUUUUAAGUUAAUAAAUAAUGAUAUUUUUAUCAGGAAAUUAUAAUUUUUUUAAUUUCUUAACUAUCCUAGUUUCCUUUUCAUGCAUUGAAGAUGAAUAUUUAAAUAUAUUAAUUAAUUAUAAAAUAUAAAAGCUUUUAGGGAUAAAAAAUGUAGAAUAAAAUAAAGGAAAAAUAAGAUUAUCUGAAAUAUUAAUAAUGAUAUUUAUAGUAUUAAUAAUUCAUUAUAUGUUAUUUUUUAAAACUAUUUUUUAUAAUGAAGAAAUAAUAAUUUCAGAAAAUAUAAUUAGAUAAAUAUUUGUUGAUGGAUUAUUACCAUUAUUGAUCUUUUAUUAUCAUUGA